CUCUGAUACACAGGAAGUUGUUUGGAGGUGUGCCGGAGGACGAAUUCAUAGACUUUACUUUUGCUUUUUAGCUGUGGUCUUAAUGUUACAAGAUCUAUAGCUUUCUUCAAUUUCAGACGAGUCUUACUCUUUAUGCGGACUGUGCCCGUUUCAACGAAAGGUCAUGUUGUUUGGGGUUUGAAAGGUUACUCAAGAAGUCGACUGAGUGAAACGAAAUGAAAGAUGUGAUGUGCUAAUAUUAUUAUUAUACGGUUCUCUGUAGUCUCUCUCUCUCUGUACAAGUGUCAAAAGAGGCUGGAGAAAUAUGAUCAGAUUGAAUUUUUUGCACAGCAUCCACAGAUCCUUCAGCCAGAAAUGCUUGGCGGGUCACCAAAGAUGCAGUUCUGUGCUACUGCGAAAUUGUUACCAGGCGCAAGCCACCCCACAACGCUGUCUCAUCACCUUGACCCGACGACAGACGUUUAAGCCCCAGUAUGCACGAGACAAAGUGGAGAAAACUUAUGACCUGGUAUAUGAAAAUGCUCUGAAGCACAUCCUUGGACCUUGCCGAUUGCUCUCCACUGUUGCUGGACUUGCUUCAGCUGGUGGAUCAGUGUACGCUCUUUUGACCUACUCCGGCAUGAUGGAAGGAUGGGAUGUGUUCGCUCUUGUCUCUGUGUUUGGAAUUUCUGUGGUCAGUGUAGGAGUUUUCAAUUGGAUUGCCCGCUAUUAUCUCACAAGAAUCUAUUUCAAUGCUGAUAAAGAACUCUUUGUUGGUGUGUACCAUACUUUGCUAGGGCGUGUGAAACAGAUCAAAUAUUCCACAGCGGAUCUCAGACUUAUCCAGACUCCAGAAGUCAGUGCUAAACUUCAUUUAAAGAGCAAUGUCAUCAUUAAAGAUAGAACAUUUCACUUGAAGGGAUCUGAUUUCUUGUUGCCAAAAUACUACAACAUGCAUUUACAAUUGUGACUGCAUUCAGUUUUUAUCUGUAGAUCAAGGUCUGACAAGUGCCAUGGAUAGAUUGUUAUCAUCACCUGGAGCUCAUGUUCAUGUUUGUUAACUGUACAGGUACACUCAUUGGAUUCAUGUAUUUCUGCUGAGUCUUUCUAAACAGCGGCCUUGUUAACACUUUAUUAAAUUGGUUUCCUAGA